UAAAAAUAUUUAAAUAAUAUUGAGAAAUUUAAUAGAAUAAUUCAGAAAUUAGCAACAUUAAAAAAUAUCGAUACAAAUCUAAUUUUACUUUGUUUUUUAUAUAUGCCAUCUUUGAUGCAAUAUUUUUUUACUAGGUUAUGAAUUAAACAAAGUUACAUCUUAAAAUAUAGAAAGAGUACGAUAACUAUUUCUGGAACUGGCGAAAGCUUUCGAGGGAUUUCCAAGUUGCUCCAGAUUGCACUGUGCUCCAGCUUUUUUGCAAUUGUAUCCUGAAUCAAAGGAUCAGAAUCGCGAAGUUAAACGUAUCAAUGGAUUGUCUGUGUUUGUUAAAGAAGUAGAACCGAAAUUCGAGCACAAAGAAAUUUCACAGAAUAAAACUGAUAAAUCCAGUGAAUACAAAAAUUGGUGCAAAUAUAUUUGGAGUUCCACGAAAAGGAAACGCGUUCGUUCAGGACCUAUCUUCUCCAAGGAAGGAAAUAAAGUUAUAUUUAAUUUUCGACACUUCGUGAAACCUGAGAAAAUCAUCGACGAAUACACUCGUGUCAACAUUUACAACAACUUUUCUUUGUAAUGCCGAACAAAAGCGAAUGCAUUAAGCGAAAAAUACGUCUAUGAUGUUAGUACGAGAACAAUGGAAAUUGAAGUUUUGCAAAAAUGAAGUGUUGCACGAAACGGUGAUGGGUUUUUCGAAAAGACUGAUUUAUGGAAUUUCACAGGCCGCGUUUUGUCAAAAUUAACAAGAAAGAAUCACCGAACUCUACGCCGAAUGUUCAUGAGAAACAAGUUUCAUCGGAUGUGAGUCUUCGUUACAAACCAAAAGAAAAGAUACGAACCAAAACCGAUGCUUCCGAAGAAAAGAUAUCUGGAUGGAGGUUAAAUAAACCUCUAGAAACUGUCUCAAAGAAAACAAAAAGAAUUCCGAAGAGAGUUCCAGCAACACAUAAUUUCGUAUACGAGUUCAAUCCAUUUGGAAAUUCCAUAUCAAUUUCUAAUAAUGCAACAACAACAAAAGGAGCACGAAAUCCAUCUAAUAUCGCACAAGGAGAUUUAUCUAUGAAACUUAUAAAUGAUAAACCAAGUUUCAAUAAUAUUCAGACACACGCAGUGUUACCAAAAUUACAUCCGCGUAGCGAUACUAUACUAGGAAAUUCAGAAAAACACGAAAAUGUAACUAAUUAUGGAAAAAAUGCUAAUUUACCUACUAUAAAAAAACAGGAAACAAAUGUUGAAGAACGAUUGAUUAAAAAUCGUAGUGCAAAACACAAACAUGUUAACGAUAUCGAUCGAGAAGUUGAAAAAGUAAAAUCAGAUUGGCGAGCAUUACGUACAGAUGGCGGAUGGACUCAAAAUAAAAAUUAUAAAAACGUUCGAACAAGAAAAUUAUAUGAUACAUUAGAAAGAAUGACACUUGAAAUAGAUAAAAUUCAAAAACUUUAUUUGAAUCCGAAAUCAAAUCAAUAUUUGCAACGAGGCGAAAUAAAAUCAGAAUUAUCUUUUGAUGAAAAAGCGGGAAAAAUCAAACAUAUGCUCUUUCCUAAAGAAAAUAAAAAAAUAGUUGAUGAUAAAAUAAAUAAUAUACCGAAUGAUACUCUAAAAAAUAAUUCAUUAGAAAUAAUUUCAUCAAAAGAUGUGUGUAAUAAAAAAAUUGAAAAAAAAUCUCUUUCUUCCAAUACACAAAUUCGAAAUACCAAAAGUGGUACAAAAUUAAAUAACAAUUUGCGGUUGAAUAAACGAAAUACAGGUACUAAUAGUUCAAUAAAUUUAAAAAAGAUUAAUUCUGAUAUUGAACAAUAUUUGGACAAAUAUAUUAAUGAUAUAGAAAAGAAUUCUGUUAGUAAAAAAGAAUUAGAAGUUAAAGAAUUAGAUAUCCCUACUGAUGAUAUAGCAAAUAUGUUGAAAAAACUAAAUAUAAAUUCGUUCGAUUUAUAUGAUAUUGACAAUUCUGAAGAUUUCCCACAAGACAAUUUCCCACAACAGGAAAAAUUGAAAAGUAUAAAAAAAGAAAAUUCUAUACAAACAACAUCAUUGGAUCAAAAAAUUGAAAGUACAAAAAUAAAAGAAGUAACUACAAAAAUAUUAUCACCAAAAGAAGAUAAUCCUUCAACACAAUAUAAUAAUAAAAUAAAUAAUGAUAGUUCAAUCCAAACUAAAAAUAUGUAUAAAGACAAUGCUUUCAUAGAAAUGGGUUUGCAUGCAUUGAAUAAUAACUAUCCUCGAAAUGCACUAUGUCAUGUACUUCAAUCAGAAUAUUUGAAAAAAGACACAUCUUUAAAACCUAUGUAGAACUUUAAAUAUUGAAAUAUUAAAAUUGAAUUUAUGCAUAUUCAUAUAUAAAUUUAAAAACAAGAAUGAUAUUAUAUAUAGUAAAAUUAUAUGAUAAUAAUAUAAUAAAAUUAAAUAGUAAAAAGGAUAUAGGAUAAUAUUUGAAAAAUAUUUUAAACAAUAUAGAAAACAUAUUUUUUUCAUUAAAUGUAGUACAAUAUAUUGCUUAUUUAAUUAUAUCUUUUUAUAUGAAAGUGCUUCAAAUACAUAUAUAAAUUUGAAUAUGUGAAAAUUAAUUUCUGUUUUUUCUUUUAUAUACAGUCUUGUGUUUUACAGAAUAUACAUUUAUUUUCUAUAUGAAAAAAUGAGAAUUUUUGUUUAUUUAUAUAUUAAAAUUAUCACAAGAUAUUUUUUGUUAGUAUCAUUAAAAAAUAUACAAACUAAAAAUGCAUAGGCUAAUGUAUUUUACAAUUCAUUUAAAAAAGUUGUUUAAUCAAUUCCGCCAUGAAAAAAUUAUGGCACUAUUCUAAUGAAUGACCAGCAUUAUGCCGUGAACUGCAAACUGAACGCAAAAAAUGUAAAACUUUCUUAUUCUAUAUGUGUCUAAUACAUUGAUAUAUCUUCAACUAACCAAUGUGUCAUAAAUGUGCCAUAUUGGUAUUUUAUUAUAAGUGAUAAAAUUUUCAAUAAAAAUCGUAUUCGGCGAUCAUGGUCGAAAAAAGUAUGUUUAUGCAACAUAUUUUUAUCAAUUCUGUUUCUUCGAUAAUAAAUAUUUGUGAACACGAUUUCACUUAUUACAUAUCACAAUACUGGUAAAGCUGCACUGUGACUUUGGUAUAUGAUGGCUCCUGUAAAAUUGAUUGCCGCAGCUAACACGAAAACAGGCAUCCAACGACCAUGCGAUGCAGUCACUAAUUCGGCUGUUAAUGGACCACAUAAAAUACCCGGUAUAGUUGCCUAAAAUAUAUAGUUAAAUUACUAAUUUAACUAUUAUUUGUAAAAUAUUUGUAAUAUUUGUAAUUCUAAUAAAUAUAGACAUACAAUAGUAUUGGAAACUGCAAAUGUAAUUCCCGCAUGAUUUGGAGCUAUAUCUGCAUGAUUACUAAGAUGACCAGCAGAAUUACAUGCACAAAGUCCCAUAGAUAUUGAUACAAAGCUAUAGAUAAAUAUGAUUUUAAGUUAUGUUAUAAAAUUAAAAUAAAUUAUUUUAUAAAGACUAAUUUAAUUGUAAGACUAACAUUACUGCAGCAAGUAAAUUGUCCACAGCGCAAAAUGCUAGUAAAAAUGCACCAGGACCAAUUAAACCUAUAUUUGUCAUUAAUCUUCUUACAGAUAAGACUGGCCACCUUUUUUGUAUGAGAUUAUCAGCACUAUGUCCAGCAACUGUAAUGAAAUAAUUGAAAUAAUUAAUUUUUACAUAAUUUUUU